AUCUUCACUACGCUGAAUAAACAGCUCUUAUGAGGAAACAGCUUACAGCCUGUUCGCUAAUCUUCAAAAUGUUGUACAUUUAACUUUCGUUUGGAACUAGAUUUCACUUGAUGAAAUGUUAAUUUUAAGAGAAGGCAGAACAUGGAAUGUCGCGACAGAUGGAUUAUCAGCCUUUGUGAAGGAGGGAGAUUCAGUCACUCUGCACACUGAUGUUACAACAAACCAACAAGAAGAUAUAAAAUGGUAUUUUAAUGACACCAGAAUAGCUCAAAUCACUGGAGAUCUCAGUUAUAUCUGUACAGAUGUUCAGUGUAAUGAAGGUACUGAGAGGUUCAGGGACAGACUGAAGCUGGAUCAUCAGACUGGAUCUCUGACCAUCACAAACACCAGAAACAUUGACUCUGGAGAUUAUGAAUUAAAGAUCAUCAGCAUCAGAAGCAGCAGUGAGAAGACUUUCAGUGUUACUGUUCCUGAUAUUCCUGCUGCUGAACAAGAUGAAAUGAAGAGAAGGGUAGUGAAGGAGGGCGAAUCUGUCAUUUUAGAUCCUGGUGUAAUGGAAAACCCAAAUGAUUUGAUGACGUGGCAUUUUAAUGACAUUUGCAUUGCUGAAAUCAGUCAAGAACCCAGAAAGAUCUUUACAGAUGUUCAGUGUAAAGAUGGCGAUGAGCGAUUCAGAGACAGACUGAAGCUGGAUCAUCUGACUCGAUCUUUGACCAUCACAAACACCACAAUCACAGACUCUGGAGUUUAUCAACUACAGAUCAAUAGCAGCAGAGUCAGCAUCAUUAGGAGCUUCAGUGUUACUGUCACUGAUUCAGAUCUGUCUUCAGCUGCUGUAGCAGGAAUAUGUGCUGCUGCUGUUGGUGUUCUGCUGCUGGUGGCUAUAACUCUUAAUUUACAGUACUGGCCAGUAGGAAGGAAAGACACCAAGACGCAGCACAAUGAUCAGGCGAAUGGUGUUAAUGAUUUGUCGCCUAAUCAGAGUGGCAUUCCACUGGUGAAUGAUGACAAUGAGAGGUCUUAUAAUCACACUAAUGCUCUAGUGGCCAGCACAACCAAUAAAUCGUCCCCUAAUCACAUUUAGAUUGAGCCUGUGGCUGCCAGUGAGAUGUGCCAUUAUUAAUUAUUUGUAUACUUUCAUGGGAAGUGAAGAGAGGAUGGGAAUCAAGAGAGAUUGUCAUUUCCAAUUCUCUCUUCAUCGUAAGACAAUCUCUCAUUGCUCAGAGAAAUAGUCAUCAUAUCAAGAUUUUAAAAGUAAAAUUUAAUCUCAACACCAGUUUCAACACCAUGGCAAGAACUAAUCUGAUAUGUUACUCAUUUAAACAAUAAAUGAAAGCAUGUGGCCUAAAUAUUAAGUUAUAUCCACCUUUUUCUUCCCGUAAGAGUGGACGCGGCCAUUUGUAAAUUUUAUGGGUCUGGUUUCUGAUCUCAUCCGUGUCCAGCUAUUUUUAGCUGUACAAAACAGCUCAUUUUGCUGCUUGAUAAUGCAAAUUGGUGUGUCUUACCAUAUUAUUUUAAUAUAUUAUCUUAAUUAUGAGCACACUAGUUUGUAGUCCAAACAGUUUUACAGUUUACUGUACAUUGUUAUUCUUCUCGUUAUUUCCAUAUAGCGGGUAAUGAACAAGAAGUCUCACCCAUAGGUUUACAUCCGCGUUAAAGAAAAAGUUGGAUAAACUUGAAAAAAAAAAAUUAAACUGAGUUUUUUCUGUAUGUAGAAGUUUGUUGAAGCUGCUAAAGUGACUCACACAGGAACAGGAAGUUUUUGUUUCUUGUCGUUUACACUAAUAGUGUUGUCAAAAAGAAAUAUUGAUAUUUCCAUACAUAUCACUACUAAAAUACUUGAAUCAAUACGAUAUUGCAUUUCUGCAGUACUGAAAUACUGGUACCAACCGCGCUGUGUGCGGUCCAGUUGAAGCAUUCUGUUGACUGCCCACCACAGUCUAAUUUUUCCAGUCACAGUUUCACUUUGUUCAUUAUCCACUGUUUUCAGGAACUACAGAGACCAGCAUUUUUCAGACACUGUGCAAAUACUGAAAUUAGUUAUAUCUCUCUAUUUUGCGCAUUCUUGUGCUUGAACGGAUAGAUAUGUCAGAUUGUCAAACUACCUGUCUUGGCGAAUAUCCUCAUAAACAGUUGGUUAUGUCUUAAAGGAAUGUAAACAAAAUGAGGGGGAAAAAAAUAAAUAAAACAGGUGUACUGAUCCAUUUGGUCUUAAAGUAACAGCUGUGUUCAAACAACAAAUGACAGAGAAAAUCACUGUUAGGCCUGCCUGAAGAACUUUAAAGCACUGUUUUUUCAUUUGUAUAUUUGUUCUGUUGUAUUUUGCCAUUGGUUGUAAUUGGGUUAUUCUUAUUGUAUUACUCGACUUCACUUGACUUACGUUUGAUAAUGUUUUAACUUUGCAUAAAUUAGGCUAGUUGCUUUAUCUGUAAUGUCUAAAUAAGAAUUGAGCCAUGCUUGAGGGUUUAACUUUGGCAAAUGAAGUGGACUGAGACACUAUCACAAGAUUGACUUGCACUGAUGUUUAAAAUGACAAAUUUCUUACUUCGAUACAGUUCGGAGUGUGUGCCCUUAAUGAUGUGGCAAUUUUUCCCUGUUGUAUCUUACAGUUUAUUGAUAUUAUACAGUAUCAUAUAAGACCUAUAAAUGCCCUUUAAUACCAGUUAUUUUGUCCCAUUUGGGGACAUUCACUUAUAGCUGCUAGCACUGACUGUUUACAUGUUGGGAGCACAGCUGCAAAAGAAAAGAGCAUGUACACAAAUGUGCACUUUUCCAAGACCGCUGUAAGUCAAACAACAUGUAUUCAGGUUUUUAAUGGAGUCUGUACUACUGAUGCUGUAAGUGCAGGCCCGGAUUAACAGUGUAGUGCCCUAGGGUGACCACAUUUGAAGUGCCCCCCUCCCCCUCAAAAAUUCAGGAGCACCUUCUGAUCAAUAACAAAAAUUAGCCUUCACGUUACAAGGUAAUACUUGACUCCUUAAAGUGAUUUACAGGGGCAUUUUUUGUAAUGCCAUUUUUUUCCCCUUAAUUUUAUUAAAAGUAGGCCUAUGUCAUUGUCAAAUUCAAAAAUGUAUAUUUAUAAGCUUUUCCAAAAUUUCUAAAAAAAAAAAAAAAAAAAUUAGAAUAAGAGCAGGUAGAAUAAGAAGAAUAAGUUACUAAUCAAAAUAAAUCAAUAUUAACUAAAUUAGUUUCCACUACAAAGGUGGCACAGAACACAAAAGUGACAUGUAGGUAAAUUUACAUACAUUUAAAGAGGCUCAGAGGUGGCAUGGAUGUUUUAAAUUCAUAACAAUGUUGUGAGAUUAAUGUUUUAAAUAUAAUAUUUUGAAUAUAGAACUAUUGUUUGAUUGAAAUGAUUUAAAUAACUGAAAUUACACUUUAAACAUAAAAAUAAAACUGCCAGUAGAUGGCGGCAAGUCAAUUAUUUAGUUUUUUCACUGAAUCGUUCAUUCAAAUGAUUCGUUUGAACGGCUGAUUCAUUCAGGAAAGAAGCAAGUGACUUGCUGCGUCCCAAAGUACCUACUUAUACUACGCCCUUAAAGUAUGUACUCUUUUGGUGAAGAAAAAGUACACACUUUUGAGUGUGUAGUAGAAGAGUAGGCAAGCUUUGUGACAUACUAUCACGUCACACAACUGCGUCUUUAACGGACCGCUCUGUCGCAUCUGUUACACACACCCUGUGACUGUAAACUGGCCUGUCAAUCAUCUUGUAGCAGUUAACAUCCUCCACAUUUCAUUUCAUUUAACUUCCUACCGUAUUGGAGAAAAAAGAAGUAGCUCGUUGAUCUGCCAGUCGCGGGUCUUUCAUGCGGAGAACUCUGCUCAUAUUUUCUGCAUAAUGAUGCAUUUAAAAGUUAACGACCAAAUGGAUGUUUAUAAAAGUUCACAUUGCUGUUGCAGAUGAAAUAUAACACGGAUAACAAUAAAUAGUUUUUACCAGUUUAAAUGUUGAUUAUUAGUAACUCAGACCCCUUUUUGUAAACCUCUCUACAUAAAGAGCCACGUUUGUAGUUUUUCUAAUGCUUUUUAUUCGUGUUUGUAGUUCUGGACCGAAUCCUUUGCCAAAGCGCAAUGGAUUGUGGGCAAUUUUAGCCAUUAGAGUGUGCUCGGAUCCACACUUCAAAAAUCGACCUGAAAUAGUAGACCAUCUGAGGACUUUUGGCAUACUCUUUUCAACAUACUAUGCUUUGGGACACACUUAUUGUAGUCUCACAUACUAUUUAGGAUGGAUAGUAUGAACAUUGGGACGCAGGGACAGUCUUUAUGAAUGGAUAAUUGAAUCACUGACUCACUAGAUUCAUUUAAAAACGCAGGUUCAUUCAUAAAUGAAACACCGCUGUGUUUGAAAGGAGAUGCGUAUGAUGCUAUGACUGUUUGAAACCAUUUUCCUUGACUAAGUAGAGCAAAAUCAGGCAAUAUUGUUAAAGUCAUACUAUGUACAUCACUUUAUAUUAACUCAUUGUUUAUUGAACUGUUGUUUUAAUUUAAUAUCACAUUUUCAAACUCCCUUAAUAAUCUUUAAAAGCUGUCACUCACUUCAGUUCAUCGCAAUCUCACAAAGCUCCAUAAUAAUCAAUGAAGCUCUCUAUUUACACCCAAUCGCAAUUCUUUAUAUGCGUGCAUUAGUGCAUAUAUUUGAUAUUCUCUCUCUAUAUUGUAUCAUUAACUGUUCAUUUUCUAUGCAUCUGUAUCUCUUCCAGCAAAAUAAUAUAUACAAAACAUGAAAAAUAUUUUAAAGGUCUUGUCAUUAUUGUAAUCACUUGGUGCCCCCCUAUUGGCUGGUGCCCCAGGGCACUCACCCAAUCCCGCCUAUGGAUAAUCAGGCCCUGUGUAAGUGUUGUUUAAUUGAUAUUGAUGUUAAUAGAAAAUAUAGAUAUUGUGUUGUUAAUGUACCAAGCAUUGGCAUUAUUAUUAUUUUUUAAAUCUUAAUGGCAGCUUGCUGGAUAAGAUCAACCAUCUUUAUACUAGAACACCAAACCAGUUAACCAGCUUGAAAAAUCAUUUACUUCAUAGUAGUUGAAACAUUUCACCGAGUGUUUAUAUUCCAUGCCUGUAUGCAUAAAUUAUGCGUGUUGUGUGUUUAAAUGAUGGAAUAGCAUAUGAAACUCCUAAUGCCUUGUUCCUCAGUAAAAGUGGUACAGCACAAUUUCCACACAAAUGUGUGUAUACAUAAAAUAAACAUUUUCAUAGUCAUU